AAUAGCUUGCAUCUGGAACCAGCUCGUGCGCGCUUUCGAGAAGCCGCUGCAGACUGCUGCGGACAACCACGACCUCUUCCCGAUUCUGCUGUUCCUCACAGGAGACUUGGAGUGGUUUGCAAACAGCCACGACUUGCCAAGAUGGAACGCCAACCAGCCAUGUGGGCACUGCCGAGUGGAGAAAGCUGAUUUGUUCAAAUUCAAAAACGUUGCUUCUCCUGCAGAUGACCCUUGGCUGCUGCCUCGGGAGAACGCAGAGACCGUGCUACAGGAGAUGAAGGUCACCUGGCGACAAGCGCAGCGCCAAGGACUCGGCAACCUCACGCCGGGCAUGAUGCUUCCUGACACAAAGGACCCCGAGCGCAGGCGGAAAUAUCCGCUCUGGCCCCGCUAUAUGAAUCCUGCAGACCAAGCCCAUCGGCAACUCCAUCUCGCACUUUCCUUCAGCCGCGACCUGGAUGAGCUGAUAGACAGAAUUGAGGACUGGAAGCCAGACGCGGCCACGGCAGACCGAAUGAUCCUUACAGCAACGAGCAUGCUGCUUUGCGCGGCAGCUGUCAAGAAAUCUUUUCUGGCAAGAGGCCACUUGGCCUGCAACUUAACCUUCAAGUCCCACUGGUUGGUGCACUGCCUGCAGUUGGCUCGCCAUCUUGACCCCAAGCUCACAUGGACGUACAGCGGCGAAGAUUUCGUGUCCAAAGGCAAGCGUCUCCUCAGCAGCUGCACGCGAGGUCGAAGCAAACUCUCGGCUGCGGGUCGCUUCAUGAGACAGCACGCGGAUGCCAUGACGAUGGAACUUGCUCAGUUCAGGUGUUUUGUCCACCGGGACCGUGGCUGCCCUGGAGUCCAGGGCACCACCAACAUCAGCCGCGUCGUGGAGGACAUGCCUGACAUGACGUGGAAGACCGCGCUCAGCAAGCACACAGCAGCCGUGGUCAACAUGGCCCCCCUCACCCACGCACUCUUCAACACACGCGCGAAUGGGCUCGUUCCCGACUCCAUGUUGCAGAGUGCGCUGUCGAACGUGUACAAGAACAACAAAAUCCAAAUCUCGGAGCCACUCAUGAAGCCUCCAGGAUGGGAAAAGGCCAUGCUGCAGUACUUCAACCUUCGCACGCGCAUGGUCGCCAGUAAGAUCAGGGAGGUCGCUUUCGCUCCUUCGAUCUGGCAGGCUUCGACAAAGAAAGUGUCUCAGGCAGAGCUGGCCAAGCUGGAAGCCCUUUGUCUGCGACUCAACCCAAAAUUUACGACAAGUGCCGCAGAGGAUACGCUUCUGCAAGGAGCCCUGGCCCUGCAACCCAAGAAGACCCAGCAAGAGGACCACGAGUCUGCUGCCAGCUCCCAGCUAGUGCAGACUCCAGAGCCUCGCUGUUCAACAAAAAGGCAAGCAGAGCAGAACGAGGAGGACGACUUCCAGGACAGAGCUACGCUGUGGGCUCUGCAAGCUGCGUGGCAAGCCAGCCCAGAGAAGCCCAUGAGCAACAAGGAAAAGCUCUCUUUGGUGGAGAAGGGGCGCCAGAGUGCGCCUGCUGCGCAAAAGAAGCCUGCCUGCGCAGAGAAGACCAGACUGAAGAAGCCUGCCUGCGCAGACCUCCCCGACACAGAUUGGUUCAAGCAGAACGUGGCCCAGGUUCAGGAAGCUGUGAGACAGAGCCUGUCCAUCAAGCCUACUGACUUCAGGAACACCUUCACCAGCAAAGGCUACGCAAUUGGCAAGCGCAUGGCCAAGGACCGCCAGGCAAGCAGUGCUCAGAUGCUGCUGUGGGCAAAAGCUGCCCUGGCGGAGUCAUCCAAGAUGUGGGACGAGGCCAAGGUCUGA